GCCGCCAUGCCGGUGUGGCUGCGGGAGCACUGCUGGCGGCAGACAGCCUCCGCCGUCUACCUCUCGCUGCCCGUGCGAGGCCUUCAGGUCACUCCCGCCAACAUCUUCUGCACCGACCAAUACCUGAAGGUAAGCAUACCUCCCUUUUUAUUUGAAGCCAUUUUAUAUGCUCCCAUUGAUGACACAAACAGCACAGCAAAGAUUGGAAAUGGAGUCAUUUUUUUCACUUUGUAUAAAAAAGAGGCAGCCAUGUGGGAUUCCCUAACUCUAGGAAAUGCUGACAAGGAGAAACUGCAGUAUCUAAGAGAGAAUGCUGUUCUAAAAGCCCAUGAAAAGGCAAAAGAGGAGACAGAAGCAAAAAAAGUUACAAAACAGGAACAUAAAAAAUAUGCUUUGGAGGCCACAAUGAAGCUAGAAGAAGCAGAAAGAAAAAGAAUUGAAGAUCUGAAAGAAAAGGAGCGGCAGAAGGUCACUAAGGAGUUGGAGUUAUGGCAAAAACAGCAAGAAGAUGCUGAGAAACAAAAGAGGGUACAAAAAGAAGGGGAACUACAUGAAGAAAUAGAGCAAUUAAAGGAGAAGAAAAAGGAAAAAAUGAACAAAACUAGGAUUCCCAAUGAAGGAACUUCUAAGACCAGACUCAAACCUACUAAAGGUCGUGGUUCCUAUAGUAUAUUUUCAGAAAACUUAAAGGAAGAGCAGUUACCAGCUCCUCGAUCUGCUGCUACAAUUAAAAUCAACUUUACAUCACGAGUUUUUCCUACAGCUCUGCGAGAAUCUCGCGUUGCAGAAGAGGAGGAGUGGCUACGUAAACAAGCAGAAGCCCGAAGGACAAUAAGUGCUGAUUUGUCUGAGCUGGAAGAUUUAAAAGAAGAGGAGAAGAAUCCAGAUUGGUUAAAGGAGAAAGGAAACAAAAUGUUUGCAACAGGAAACUAUCUUGCAGCUGUAAAUGCAUAUAACCUCGCAGUGCGGCUAAACAAUAAGCUUCCCCUACUCUAUCUGAAUCGUGCUGCUUGCCACCUUAAACUGAGAAAUUUACAUAAAGCUAUUGAAGAUUCCUCUAAGGCACUAGAACUGCUGACACCACCUGUUCCUGAUAAUGAGAAUGCUCGAGUAAAAGCAUAUGUGAGACGGGGAACAGCAUUUUGUCAGCUGGAAUUAUAUACUGAAGGUCUCCAGGAUUAUGAAGCAGCUCUGAAGAUUGAUCCUGAAAAUAAAACUAUAGAAAAAGAUGCUGAGAAGAUUCGACACCUAAUUCAAGGAACAACACAAGAUUCUUAAUUAAAAAAAAAAAAAAAAAAAAGCUUUUUGACCUGGGUGCCUUUUAAGGGCAUCAGUAGGAACCUUAGUUCUCUUCAAUAUUUUGUUAACUAGACAUUUUUCUGUUUCACUCAGAACACCUACAGAAUUGGUAAAAUGUUGGGUAUAUGAAUCACUAUUUUUGGAAAGUAGAAUAGUAUUGUAGAUUAGAUAUGUUAUAUCUCAUUUUGAUACAAAGUUGUGGUUCUGCUUUCUAUGAAAUAUUUGUGGGCUGAAUAUUAAAACACGCUUUUGGUACUUGAUUUAAAGUUACUCAUGACUAAAUGAAAUAUCUGUCUGGAAAUAUCUACUGAAUCUAGAUAAUGGGUUUUCAGGCAACUUCAGUAGCUCCAUAUAGUCAACAACUGUUAACUUCUUAUCUUUCUGUUCUCCACCAAAGCUGAAACAGAUGUGUGUGAUAUGGUUAUGGUUAUAACCUUUCCUCUUUUUUUAUUGUUCAUAGUGUUUGGUACAUCUGAGACUAAGACAGUGAAUUUAGAUACUUGAAUUCAGGCCUCUAGUUUGGAAAAUCUCCACCUUGAAACUUAGAGGUAGAUUUUAUGAUUUUAUGUAGUGCAGAACAUUGUUUUUAAUGUUAAGUAAUGUACAUUCAAUAUUUUCAGAAUAUUUUGAAGCCUUUGUUCGGGCUGAAAAAUUAUAAACUUGUAGCAUUGUAGUGUAGUGUAGUGACAAAUUAAUCCUGUGAUAAAUUGUCCUAUCAAUGAAUAUGACUUAAUUCUUGCAUCCUACUACAAUUAGUAAUCUUACAGAGUAGCUAUACAGCAUAUUCUGAAUCAAAAAGAUUGUUAUUUAUAUAAUUUUUUCUUGAGCUAGUAUUUAACUUGUACUCUGUUGACAUUGGUCACUGUCUCGGGAAUACUGGUGUGAUUAAAGAUUCUCAAAAAAAGAACCAUCCCGGAGAGGUUACAAGUGGCGUAAAUUGGCAUGAAGUAUGACACUGUGCUUUGAAGUCCUGCACCUAUCAUUUUAGAUAGUGGAAGAAUGUAAUAUAGUAUUAUAUUGUUUAUAUAUAUAUAUACGUUAGCAUUUGUAUUACAGUGACAAUGAAAUGCCUGAAAUACUGGACUUGAAGUGGUUCUGUUUUAUUAAGCAUUCUAUGCAAGUUGUGACCAUUUCAACUACGCUCCCUUCAGUAGCAGUUUUAGCAGACUUCUGAAUUUUCCACAUCGGCCAGUUUCCUGAAUGCCAUUUAUGACUGAUUUCUGUCUUUAGAAGAAAAUAUUUAUUAUGCAGAUAAAUGUCAUCCUGUGUAAACUUUUCACUUUUGGAACAGGGAGAAGGUGGCAGGUGUUGGUUCCAGUUGCUUUACCUAGAGCCUUGAGAGGAGUCC